CUGUUUAACAGUGAGCCACAGCUUCGGUUAUGGGCUGAUGGACGCUACUGCCAUGGUUCGCUUAGCAAGAAGAUGGAGGACCGUCCCGGAGCAACACAGAUGCGAAGUAUCAGCGCCACAUACAGGCAGGACAAUACCACCAAAGAGCCAAUUGGUCCUCGACUUACAUGUCAAGGAUUGCAGCGGCGUUAAUUUCCUCGAGCACGUUCAGGCGAAAGUAUCGCUGAUGGCAGCAAGACGAGGAGAUCUUCAGAUACAGCUCACGUCUCCUCAAGGCACGAAGAGCACUCUUCUCGCUAAAAGGCCGCACGACAUCUCGAAGGCCGGUUUCAGCCAAUGGCCAUUCAUGUCAGUGCACACGUGGGGAGAGAGGCCGCACGGGACCUGGAAAUUAGAAAUUCACAAUGAGGGUCGAUAUCUCGGACGCGCUACUCUGCACGAAUGGGCGUUGAUUUUCUACGGUACCGCAACGCUGCCCGAUCGGACCGAAUACGCUCUUUACAAUCCGGCCGGUAUGAGUAUACCCAGACGACCGUUCGUCAAGCCACGCGAGACCAUCCCGAAGAACCAGAACACCUUGGCGAAAGGCAAGCAGACGCAGCACAAAUCCGACAAGUCCGGCAGUAUGAGCCCGCCCUACGUGAUGAACGCUCAGAUUCAGUCGCAGAGGAAGGGCAAGGCCCGCGGUCAGUACAAGAAUGGCAAGUCGGCUAAUCGGCCGAAUCCCAAGCCCACCGUUCAGACUCUUCGGGGUCUCACCGGAAUCAAUAGAGGGUCCAUCAACGUAGCCGGUGACGUGCGUUUGAUCACGUCGAGACCACGUGGGAGAAGUACACCCAGCCCUGUUACCAGCACCGUGAUCCAGACCGUUGCGACAACAAAGGCGCAGACCACCGCGACAAGUAAACAGAUUAUUACACAGAAGAUUAUCGACGUGGUUACCGCCUCGCCCCUUCAGCGGGGACUGAUCUUGUUGGAACCACCAGCAAAGGCGGCCACUAACAAGGUCCCGGCGGUAUUUCAACAGUAUCCCAAGAUUCAACAGCUUUAUCCAGUUUACGGUGGAGCUCGCGGUACCGGUCAGCACGCCACAAGGGCCAAAGGACUCGACCUACUGCAGGACGAGCAAUUUGACCCAAGGAAUCUGCAACUGGACAAGGACACGCUGGAGGAAUGGAAGCUUGUGUUUUUCGGCACGGAUACCUCAGUGGAAGUGGACGACGAGCUAGAUAAGGACAAGCCGCUGCCGCCAGUGGUCCAUGAAGAAGUCAACAACGCACCUUCGGAUGUCCGGCACAACACUGUGGAUACCGAGGGCGAUCCUUGGACAGGUAGCCGAAAGAUGGAUCGAGUUUCACACCCAGAGGUGCAGAGGCCAACAACGGAGAACCAGACGAGCGGUUGUGCCGCCUUCAAUGCCGGAGGCAGCGGGUGCCUAGUGUGCAAACCGGGUUGGAAUCACAACAAUGGCAACUGCUUGCAACAGUGUCCACCUGGAACUUACGAAGUCCAAGGUGACGAUGAUUCCGGUGCUUUCUGCACUGCAUGCCAUUACUCGUGCCUAUCUUGCAAAGGACCUAGUGACGCUGACUGCAUCACCUGUCACGCGGAUUCGAUAUUUACGCGGAACAACGGAAGGUCACUGUGCGUGCUGAGUAGCAUUUCUUGGAAAAUGGAGUCCACAUUUAACACUGGACUGUCAUCGACCACCAACGACCAAUAAUCAAUGCCGAAAUGUAGAAAUUAUAGGUGAUGGGAUCUAAUAAAUGUAAUCGCAGUAAUAAGCACGG